AGAGGCUUUAAAUAUGGCUUGGGUCUUAAACUUCUCUCAAUUCUGCCUUUUAUUCCUGCGGCUCUGUUUCCUGUUUGGUUGCCUUGGUUUUAAUCGUGCGUGGAAAUGGGGAGCCCUCUGGAACAAGCCUUGGUGGUGAUGGUGUCGACUUUCCACAAAUACUCGAGCCGGGAAGGGGAUAAAUACAAACUCAGCAAGGGCGAGCUGAAGGACUUGAUCCAAAAGGAGCUUUCUUCCUUCCUCAGCAAAAAGCACGACGAGAGCAGUUUCCAAAGGAUCAUGGACAAUCUGGACAGCAACAAAGACAACGAGGUGGAUUUCCAGGAGUAUGCCGUCUUCUUGUCCUGCAUAGCCAUGGCGUGCAACGACCUUUUCAAGGACUACCCUGACAAGACGCCGCGGAAAAAAUGAAAGCAAAGAGAAAAGGCGGGCAGGGGGAAGGAGGGAAGUUUCAGCCUUGCUGGCAUUUUUUGCAGCUUCUCUUUCCCCGUGUAUCCUUGCUGACCGUGCCUGCCCCAAUGGGUCCAUGGGCUCCAGAGUGUGGGAAUAUUAUUAACCGUUUGUUUUCCCCCUAAUAAAGUUUGCUUUAAAUUAA